CGGCAAUCAAUAAAAAAGUCCCCGACGGUCUUGGAAUUUUUACGUUUCAACGGCUUCCAUUUACGAACAUUGUAUAUACAGGUCUAUGGCAGAAAGAUGACGACUGAUUCACAAAAUGCAGAGCGCACUAUGGGCGCUGCUCCUGUCAGACUCUGCAAAAGAUGCCAGGAAAUAGAGGCAACGACCAUUAUGCGUACCGAACCUCUCUGCUCGAACUGCUUUGUUGAAUAUAUAAAGAAAAAGGUCGCCAAGCAAUUGGAAGCGUAUCGAAUUAAAAAUGCGAGCAAAAACAAUCGCCGACGAGUACUUUUGCCCAUUUCAUUUGGGGUCUCGUCUCUAUCUCUCUUGCAUGUGCUCGAUGGUCACCUUCAGUCACAGAUUCGGCGUACAAAUCGAACCGGAUAUGAGCUGCAUGUCCUUCAUGUCAACACGUCUGGAGUCGACGCAGAUGCGCCUCAAAUAGGGCGGCUCGAGGUUUUGAAAGAGAAAUAUCCACGUCAUACGUACUCGGAAUUGACGUUGGAAGACGUUUUUGAUCAUGCAAAUGAAUACUUGGAGACGACUCUACGCGAUGUGAAUAUUAACAUUGGCGAUGUAGCUCCUCCGAGUUCGAAGCAUGAGAAGCUGGUGGGCUUGCUCUCGGCGCUCCCUUCACCGACUUCCAGAGCGGACGUCGUUGAGACGUUGCGGAACAACCUCAUUAUAGCUUUCGCAAAGGAGAAUGAUUGCCAAAGCAUAACGUGGGGGGAUUCAGCAACUAGGCUUGCGGAGAAAACGAUUUCAGAGACCGCCAAAGGGCGAGGCUUCUCACUGCCGUGGCAAAUCUCUGGUGGAGAAUCCCCAUAUGGCUUGCACGUCAGUCAUCCUCUACGCGAUGUCUUGAAGAAGGAGCUGGUUAUCUUUGCUGAAAAUGUGGAUCCGCCCCUUACGCCGCUUAUACAUAGCCGCCCUGCGCCAACUAUGACAUCUGCUCCUGCAAAGUCUACUACGAUUGACGAUCUUAUGGGCCAAUAUUUUGCGUCCAUCGAAGAGUCGUUUCCCAGCAUUGUCGCCAAUGUCGUCCGGACGACAAGCAAGCUGCGGGCGCCUGAGGUCACUGAAGGCCAGUCUCGAUGUGAUUUAUGCGGUCUGCCACUGGCAGAUAGCGACGCAUCUCUCGGCGAGGGGGAAAGCAGUGCUCAAAGUUUGGUCCAGCCAGAAGGUAAUCUGUGCUAUGGGUGCGCUAGAACUACCCUGGGCAGCCGUUUUACUCCUCAUUCAUGAAGCCAAUUCGGAGCCUUUUCUUCAUCUCACCAGAGGGCAAGCUAGCCCGCUCAGUCAUGCCAGGACCAUUUUUGAAUAUCGCACAGAUGCUAUUCAUCAGGAGCUCGCCGUGACGGCCCAAAUCACU